AUGCUGAAGAGGGGGGACGGGGACGUUAUUAGGAGCUGUUCCAAUGCCACCCUUGAAUUAAACAUGGGGCCACAGGCAAAGCCAACAAGCUUUGAGAAAACGGAAGGUGCUACUGCUAGCGAAGACUGUGGUGUAGGCCCCCUUGAAAACCAGCUCAGCGUGGAGGACUUUGUGAAGAUACAACGGGUCUUCGAGUCUCAGGAUCCAAGGCAAACCAUUUGUAUGCCCAGGGAAGAAUUUAUACAGAAGAUGACAGAGACUGUGGGCUGGGGCACAAAGGAAGAAUAUGGAGAACUCUUUGACAAAGUGGAUGUGGCCCGGGCUGGCUUAGUUGACUGGGACAAGCUGACUUCAUUUAUACUGCUAUCACUUUACGAGAGAGAUGAAAGAGCCAAGGCAACAGUGAUUCCCCAAUGGAAGGACCUGGAAUUCCUCCCAGGAAAACACAAGGAUACCAUCCAGAAAGUAGUUUUCUUAAAAAGUUCCAGUCGUUACUUGACUAUUAGCAAAGAAGGCUUGCUAGGAAUCUGGGGAGAGAACUUAAAGUUGCAAGAAACAGUUCCUAUCACUUCAGAUGCCACCAAACUCAAAUACCUGUGGGUGACAAGCUUAGUUUCUCUGGAAAAUGUUAACAAGAUAGCAGUGGCUUUUACAAGCAAAGAGAUUUGUUUCUAUGAUCUACUGUCUAAAGAGGAAUUUCCUUGUCAAUACAAACUACAAGGCCUGAAAGGAGCUCCCAUCUGCAUGGAUUAUUGGUAUGAUCCUCUUGAUCCCAAAGAAUCCAUUCUUUCUUUUGGGGAUAUAACUGGAAAGGUUCAAGCAAUUGCCUUCACAGCAGCCAUGAUUUCCCUUUUUGAACGACCUGCUAAUGCAUGUGAUGAUGAAGAAGCCACCAUGACCAUUGACUGGGCAGAGUUGCUCUCUGGAUGUCACAAAUGUUGUCACGUAUUACAGCAUACAUUUCAUCAUGGAUACUGGGUCAGGCAAGUUACUUACAUUGCCUCUUUAGAUGCUUUCAUUUCCAGCACAACCAGCAGUACAGACACUGUGCUGCUGGCGUGGAGAGAAAAGCCAGAAACACUCCUUAAGAUGACAUCUUUCAACAUUGCCCAGGGCGUUCAUGCUUUUGAUUACCACUCUCAGCUCAAUUUAAUUGCAACGGCUGGCAUCAACAAUAAAGUUUGCCUUUGGAAUCCUUAUGUCAUCUCUAAACCAGUCGGGGUUCUCUGGGGUCAUUCAGCCAGCGUCAUAGCAGUCCAAUUUUUUGCUGAGAGAAAACAACUUUUCAGCUUUUCCAGGGAUAAAGUUUUGAGACUCUGGGAUAUUCAACACCAGCUGUCCAUUCAAAGGAUAGCUUGUUCUUUCCCCAAAACUCAAGAUUUCAGGUGCCUUUUUCAUUUUGAUGAAACCCAUGGACGACUUUUUAUCUCCUUCAAUAAUCAGCUUGCCUUGUUGGCCAUGAAAAAUGAAGUCAGCAAGAGGGUGAAGAGCCAUUUGAAAGCGGUCACUUGUGUCCUUUACAACUCCCACUUGAAGCAGGUAAUCAGCUCUGAUGUGGGGUCUACUGUGUCCUUCUGGAUGAUAGAAACUGGGCAGAAAAUCAAACAGUUUGCUGGUUGCCAUGGCAAUGCAGAGAUCAGCACCAUGGCCUUGGAUGCAAAUAAGGCCCGGCUUUUGACUGGCAGCACAGAUGGGACUGUAAAGGUAUGGGACUUUAAUGGAUAUUGUCACCACACCCUAAAUGUUGGACAAGAUGGAGUUGUGGAUAUUUCGCAGAUCCUGGUUCUUAAGAAGACUAUUCUGAUUGUGGGCUGGGAGAGAUCAGUUACUGUGUUUAGACCCCAGAACUUCAAUCAGUUUUUCAUCCAGUCUGAAGAAUGGAAAGGGGGAAUCCAUCACCAAGAUGACCUCUUGUGUGCUGCAUUUUUACCUCCGCAAACUCUUGCCACAGGGAGCUAUGAUGGUGAAAUUGUUCUGUGGAACAACAGCACAGAAAAUGCUUACCAUGUUCUUCACCCUGAACACCAGAGGCAGCUAACAUCCAAAUUAGACCUAGAAGCCCAAAAGGUUAAUGUCAAGAGAAGUUGUUCAAUGCAGUGCAUGACGGACCAGUCCACCGUGGCUGCUAGAAAUGUUGAGAUUGACACAGAGGGUAAUAAUGCUGUUACAAGACUCUGUUUCCUUGAAGCAAGAAAAAUCAGUGCGGCCACAGGAGGUGCUAAUCUGGUAUCAUGUGGAGCAUCUGGUCAUGUCAGGUUCUGGGAUACAUUUAAGAAAGCACUUCUGGCUGAAUUUCUGGCUCAUGCAGGAGUUGGAUCCAUUAUUAUGUCAAUUGAUAAACUCAAUCAGUACCUUGCCACUGGAGAUACUGAUGGAUGGUUAAAAAUCUGGAACAUAGAGGAUUAUUGUGUUAGUUCCACUGAGAGCAGAAUCACCCAGGCUCCAACUUUGCUCAGAUCGUUUCAACUCCACGAAGACCGGAUAAGUUCCUUGGAGAUAUGUGAGUCAGGUGGUCAUUUGCUUAUCAUUUCCUCCUCUGCAGACUGCAGUGUCUGUGUGACUGGACUUUCCAGUGCUCCUGCCUUGAUCUUUGGUCAGGCAAGCCAUUGGAAUAUUGAAAACUACUUUUCUCUUCCUAAACAAGAUACUAAUUUAAUAGAAAGUAAGAUUCAAGAGGAAAGCUUGAAAGCAAAUCCUUUAUUUUCUAAAGAGGGCUCAUACUUAGAUUCAACAGAACAUUCUCAACUUACUGAGGAAAACAAAGAUAACUCAACAAACAUUAUCAGGUCAUCAGAAGAAAUGAAUUUUAGUCAGAAAUAUAAGAAGAGAAAUAUUUAUAAGGAAAAGCCAAAGAAACCUUGCUGUGGUGAAAUUAUACAAAAAUCAUCCAGCACAUUUGGGUCCUUAAGCCUUAGAAUCCUGAAAGAGCUGCCCGAAGUGAGUAAACCUGCAUUUCUUCUAGACCCCGGCAAAUUCUUUAAGGAAGAUCUAGAGAAGGAUGAGCCCCAAGGCCCACAGUUUCCUUUGCUCUCUGAAACUUUGAAAGCUGUAUUUGAUGAGAAAAGCCUAUUCCCCAAAGAAAUUCUCGACCGUGAAAGACAAGACAAGCCGUUGUGUCAAGAAACAAAUGAAGUGAAGAUAAAGAGAAAUAAGAAGUAA